AUGGCAAAUCAGGUAUUCCUUCACUUCCUGGUGCCUUUGUUCUAUGGUGCCAUCUCCCAGCCCAUCCGCUACUCCAUUCCGGAGGAGCUACCCAAGGGCUCUCCGGUGGGGAAUCUCGCCAAGGAUCUGGGGCUCAGUAUCGAGGAAUUGCCAGCUCGGAAAAUGAGAGUUAGUGCAGAGGAUUACUUCAGCGUUAGCGCAGACAGUGGGGAUUUGUUAGUGAGUGGCAGCAUAGACAGAGAGAAGAUCUGUGGGAGGAAAUCUGAGUGUGCACUGGAAUUUGAAUCAGUUACUGAAAACCCGAUGAAUAUUUUCCACGUGAUUGUUGCCAUCCAAGAUAUUAAUGAUAAUGCACCACAUUUCUUUGGGAAAAGCAUUGAACUGGAGAUCUGUGAGUCAGCCUUACCAGGGGUAAAAUUCCCUCUGGACUCUGCACGAGAUGCAGACGUGGGAAGCAACUCGCUGAAGACGUACACCAUCAGCCCCAAUCCACACUUCUCCCUGUCGACGAAGGAAAGUCCCGAUGGAAGUAAAUAUCCAGAACUGCUGCUGGAAAAGUUUCUGGAUAGGGAGCAUGAGAGCUCCCAUCACUUAAUACUGACCGCCAUCGAUGGUGGAGACCCACCCCUAAGCAGCACCACCCAGAUCUGGAUCAAAGUCACCGAUGCCAAUGAUAAUGCUCCAGUGUUCAGCCGGGACAUUUACAAAGCUAGCCUCCGUGAAAACAUACCCCUGGGGACCUUAGUGCUGCAAGUGACGGCCACGGAUCAGGAUGAGAGUGUUAACGGAGAGGUCACCUAUGCCUUCCUUAAUGGGCCUCCAGGUACUAACCUCAUCUUCAGUCUCAAUCCAAAUACUGGCGCUAUCACGACUAAUGGUACAUUGGAUUUUGAAGACAAGACUAGAUACACGUUAGGUGUGGAAGCCAAGGAUGGAGGGGUGCACACAGCUCACUGUAAUGUUCAGAUUGAAAUCCUUGAUGAGAAUGACAACGCCCCAGAGGUGACAUUCAUGUCCUUUUCUAAUCAAGUACCAGAGGACUCAGUCCUUGGAACAGUAAUAGCCCUCAUUAAAGUUCGAGACAAGGAUUCUGGACAAAAUGGUCUGGUGACAUGCCAGACCCAGGAAGAACUUCCCUUCAAAUUACAACCCACUUCCAAGAAUUAUUACAAGCUAGUGAUUGACAAGGCCCUGAAUCGGGAACAGACCUCAGAAUACAAUGUCACUAUCAUAGCUACCGACAGUGGCACGCCAUCCCUUUCAUCCAAGACAUGUGUCAUUGUGCACAUCACAGAUGUCAAUGACAAUGCUCCGGUUUUCCACCAGGCCUCCUACUUGGUCCACGUGGCUGAGAACAACCCACCUGGAACCUCCAUCGCUCAAGUCAGCGCCUCCGACCCGGAUUUGGGGUCCAAUGGUCAUGUGUCCUACUCUAUCAUAGCCAGCGACCUAGAGCCAAGGAUACUGUCGUCCUUUGUCUCAGUGAACCAGGACAGUGGAGUGCUGUUCGCCCAGCGCGCCUUCGACCAUGAACAGCUGCGCUCCUUCCAGCUAACACUGCAGGCUCGCGACCAGGGCUCUCCUGCGCUCAGCACCAACGUGAGCAUGCGCGUGCUGGUAGGUGACCGCAACGACAACGCGCCACGCGUGCUCUACCCCGCGCUCGAGCCCGAUGGCUCCGCGCUCUUCGACAUGGUGCCACGCGCCGCUGAGCCUGGAUACCUGGUCACCAAGGUAGUGGCGGUGGAUGCCGACUCAGGACACAAUGCCUGGCUGUCAUACCACGUGCUGCAGGCCAGCGAUCCUGGGCUCUUCAGCCUGGGGCUGCGCACAGGCGAGGUGCGCACAGCGCGUGCCUUGGGAGACAGGGACUCAGCAAGGCAGCGCCUUCUGGUCGCUGUGCGUGAUGGUGGACAGCCACCGCUCUCUGCUACAGCCACGCUGCACCUCAUCUUCGCUGACAGCCUGCAGGAGGUCCUGCCAGACCUCAGGGAUGACCCUCUGCCACCUGACCCCCAGAGUGAGCUGCAGUUUUACCUGGUGGUGGCCUUGGCCCUGAUAUCAGUGCUCUUCCUCCUGGCGGUGAUUCUGGCUAUUGCCCUGCGUCUGCGAGGCUCCCCUAGCUCAGCUGCCUGGGGCUGCUUUCAGCCUGCUCUCAGCUCCAACCCUGUGACUGGAGUUCUCCCCAAUUACAGCGAGGGGACUUUGCCUUAUUCCUAUAAUCUACGCGUCGACGCACAUUCUACGACUGCAGCAGGGUUUAAUUUUCUUCAUGUGGCACCAGAGGUAGCUCCCCCUCAGGAUCUCCUGUGUGAUGAUCCAUCUGUGGUUGUCAGUGGCGAUGAUGAAGAUCUCAAACUUUCGUUCAAAUCUUCUCCUCAGGUAAGUUUCUACAGAGCUGCAUGA